AUGGACAAAACAAAUGUGAUCGUUACGUAUGAAAACAUGAAAAAAGUCGCCCUCAACUACAUACCGAAAGCGGUUAGCUCACAGCCGACAGUUUGCUCCGAAUCUGUUCUUUUUCAGAUUAUUGACUCGAUCCACGUGGACAGACUGCCACAGAAUGAACAUCCCCUUCCCGGAGAUGUUGAAGGACUUCUCAUCGGAAAUCUGUUUGACCCAAACAUUUCGGAUAGAAGACUAAGUGAGUAAACUUGAAAUGAAACAAAGUGAAAGUUGAGAAUAAAUGUCUUAGGACAGUACGGAACGACGGAAGAACUGACACAGAAUCUGAGAAUUUACCGAAUGUUUCUGGGAUGUGAGAAGGCAUUCGGUUUGACACGUGGCGACACGUCUCGAGUGAGUAUUCUUUUUUGCGGGAAGACUCAUCCACACUUGAGACUUUCAGUUAUAUCCGCUAUUCUAUCGAACAUUGGACAAUCAGGAAGUCGUUUCCAAAGCGGACUUGUUCACGUACAUUUUACAAUGGCUUAUCUGCAAAUACCGUUUUUGGGUCAGUUGAAAACCGGCAAUGUUGUUGCCACGAACAAACUUUCAGGAAAUUCCGCAUGCCAGCUUCAUUUUCUAUCGCUACAUUAGCAUGAGAGCCGAAGAGUUUGGAGCUUUCGCCGAGUUCGUAUCCACUGACAACACAGAGCUGCAGCAGCUGGAACAAGACUUUGAGAAUAUCGCCAUAAAUCAGAAGGCGGUAAAGGACCACCCCCUCAUUCAUAACCUUAUUAUUACCUUUCAGAAAGAUCUUCCUUCCCUCGCAAACGUUCUCAGCAAUUUCUCAUUGCCCUCAAUGCUGAGCCAUUGGAAAAGACUUGUUCCUUCCGGGUGGAUGGCCGAGGAGCUUAUCACCCUCGAGAACCUUCUUGAUAAAGUUUUCGAGGAGAGAAACAGUGAGAAAUGUCUGAAAUUAUAUCUGGAGUCUUACGCCUUCACGGCGAACAUGCUUGAAAGCAUCGAACGCAUCAUCGAAUCGCGCCUUUCCCUUUUCCUCCCGGUACGCUUUGCUAAUUUUGGUGUAUGGUUAAAAGUUUGAGUAUUUCAGGGGAAGGCAAGCCGAUUCAUCAGACUAUUCGAUGAUAAUGGACUGCAGUUUGUAAUGAUGGAAGAUCUGGAAAGGUUUAAAACCUCAGACAAACGUUCAGAGGACAAGGGACAAUACUUGGGUGCUCUGGAGGUGUCUGAGCCUUACGACCGACUUCCAAAGGGAUUAUCGGUCAGUUUAUCAGAAGGCAUAUUGAAGUUAUAAUGAAAUCUUUGCAGCUUGUGAUAACUCCGAUCCUACGUGCGAAACACGCGGCAGUGCCGAUUGUCACCCAUCUUGGAAACCACUGCACUCUCUCCUCCGACGCGCUCUUCCUCUCGCUCCAUGACAUUAUAUUCGGAUUAAAAGUGUUCCAAAAGGUUAAACCCGCCGAGUGGAGAGUGGUAGAGGACAUGUUCCGCAAGCUGGAGGAGUACUUCAAUGCGAGCGUUGUGAGUGAACCUAAUUUUUGCUACUUUUGAUCAUUAACUCAUCAGCUGCAAUUUUGAGAACUCCAUCUAUUUCCUUACUCUCGACAAUGCGAAAUCUGCAAGACAGUUCGCGUUCGAUUACUUUGGUCCCUAUCACAAUGUUCCAGCGAAAGACGUUCGGAACGCCAAGUCGACCGGAUUCACUGUUCAGAAUCUGAAGAACGAGCUGAGCCAUUUGGGGCUCCUCGACAACUUUCCCGAUAUUGCCGACUACGUCGAGUUAGCUUAUAGGAAAGUGAUGAAGUCGAAGAAAGAGGAGCAUCUGCGCACUUGCGAUCUCUUCGACGCCGUGGAGCACUGCCAGCUCAUCUGCUUCUUCCAACGAUUCCCAAGAGUGAGUGACAUGUUUCUAGCCAUCCAAUCAACUAUUUCUACUUAAGUAUACCCAAUUCCUGCACAUUCAAAGAGCUUGCAAACGAGUCGAGGGCCUUGUGUGCUACCUUUGUAGGCCCACAAAUGUGAAACUGUUCAGUAAUACAAUGUGGAAUAAUGUUCCAAUCUCGGAAGUGAACGUCGAUUUCAUUCAUGAGGACUAUAAGCGCAUCACUGAAAUCACUGAUACGUAUCUGGUAAUCCGACAUUUGUUAUAGAUGGGAGGGAACUAAUUCAGCCAAAACAAAAAAUAGUUUGUGCGGAUGGUCGCGAGUUUGUUUACAAUUUCGAAAUGUAUACAAAGAGUAUGACGAUCUACAGUGGCGACUUAUCAAACUACGAUACGGAGGUGAUGAAUGAUCUGGAGAACAAGUGUUAUGAAAAGGGCAUCCUGUUGUCGCUUGUUGAUAAAAAGACGGCAGACGAGAUCACGGACUCGUUCGCCCGAUAUGUCAGUGUUCCUGCAAACCGAGCAAAGCUUUCUGGUUUCGAUUCGGUUAUUGAGUAUAUUAAUGACUUAGAGGUACGUUUGUAGGCACCGUUGCGGACCGUAAAAUGAAUAUUUUGUUUUAGAAACAGAAUCGGCUCUUGUGCUCGUCCUUCGUCCUCCGCACAGUGUCAACGGAGCUAACAGAGAGCGUUGUGCACAAGGCGGUGUUUGCUGAUGAAGUGUUAGCCGUACUGCCGCUUCUACUCCAAAAUCAGCGGAUGGACAGUGACGCGAAUCGGGAGAAGUUGAAAAAUUAUUGGCAAAUGAGGAAAACAAAUUACGGAUGUCACAUGAUCGGCAUGGAAGAGCUGAAAAAAGUGCUCGAAGACUUUGACAUCGAUAAAACAAGGAUAACGGUAAAGAGCUCCAGCCUCCAGCGGGAUUCAACCCUCUCAUUUUCAGCUGAUUCCCGACAUUCGAUUCACUGUAUCUGUGCAAAUACCGAUGCCGUUGCUGCCCGGAGCCCUGUACUUGAGAGGGUUCAGCGCCAAGAAAGAGCCAGUGAUGAGUGCCUCCAUGGCAACGAAAUGGGAACGAAGGGAGCAGUUGGAGGCACUUAAAAGAGCCGAAGAAGAGCAACGACAGAAGAUACAGGCAAUGAAAAUGAGUGAAGAAGCUCCGAAAGCGGAGCCAAAAACUGUGCUCGACAAGAGUAACCCCAGUACAUCGUCUUCUUCUGAAAGAGAGACUCCGCCGCCGCCCCAGAAAGUCGUAUUGAAGAGCUGCGACAAGUGCAUAAAGGCGAGUGACAAGUGCAACGGAGCACGCGCAAAACUGAAACAGUCGGAGAAGAGGAACGAGGAAUUGAAGAGUUCGGUGCGGAAAACGGAGAGAGAACUCAAGCGCAUCGAGGAGAACGAGCUGAAGAGACGGAAGAAUCGGGAGGAGAUUGAGAGGAAGAUUCGGGAACUGGAAGAGUUGGCUCACUUUGAGAGAGAAGCACUUACAGAGGUGAUUGCAGAAAGAUAGAUUCUCAGUCGGAAAAUGACAAAGACGUAGAUGAGCUAAAGAGGAGAGUGGUGCAAAUGGAAGCGGAACGGGCAGAACGGUUGGAAAAGAGGCAGAAGUGAGUAUUAAAUCCAGAAUAUGAUAUUAAAGCGCACUUUCAGACUGCAAGAGAAACUGGCAACAGUCACCGAUCCCAAGUACGUGGAAAAGGAGUGCGAAAUGCUCAGAAAAUCACUCAAUAAGGCCUCGAAGCGGAAUGCCAAGUAAGUUGGAUUCGAAUGGAUUGAAUAAUAAAAUACUUGUUUAGCCUGAAACAAGAGCACGGACAACUCUCGGUUCUGUGCGCGGAGAGACAAAGAACCGUCGAUCUGCUACUGAGCACAAUGAGCAAAACGGAGCGAACGCCGGAGAUGAAAGAGAUUCUUCUCGAACUGCACGGAAAGCUCAAUGACAUGUUGAUGAACGAUCCGAACGAUGAAGUGAAAGAGAAGAGUGAAAAGUGAGUGGAAUAGGGUUUUGGUUUCUUUUAGAGUCCUUUUUUGAUUUCAGAGUGCUCUCAUUGGUGGAAGAGCAAGGGAUCAAAGAGUUUAUAAAUCUAGAAGUGGACACAUUCAGGGCAAAGUCUGAGAAGUACUUCAAAGCUCUGGAAGCAAAUAUUUCGAUGAUCGAAGUGAGAAUUUUAUAAAAAGUAAUUCAAUAAAAAACUGAUAGUUUCAUUCAGAAAUCAUUCGAUAUCAAGAAAGAAGAGCUGCUAGAACUCCCAGAAUAUCCUACUUUAACUGAGGAGUUCAAUGCGAAAUACGCACGAGCUCAGUACCUGGAGAGUCUGGAAGAGUGCCCGAUCUGUCUGUACAAGAUGGAUGCGUCCACAAUGUCCAUCAUGAAGUGCAGCACGUGCCAGCAGAUGAUUUGUGAACCGGUGAGUGCGAUCGUUUGAAACUUAUCAACAUUUGAUGGUUUUCAGUGCAUCGAGUUGUGGUCGCAGACGGGAAAUCAGCUUUGUCCAUGUUGUCGUCGAUCCCUCUUCGACUAUGUUCGCGUGGGACGGGGACCCAAUUAA